AUGUCAGCGGCACCCUGUGACACCCUGCCCACUGCUGCCAACAACAUCCAGCCAUUUCUUGUCCUUCACAAGGCUGCUGCCUCCUCGGUGCCAUCUUCCCGGGCUAAGCGCCGGAUUCAGACCUCACAGCCAUCCUCACCCAACCCCAAAUCAGCAAACAGAUGUCGUCAGCCAGCGGGUGAGGAGUGUGAGGACGAAGGGGAUUUGGAGCUAUAUGAGCAGCUGCGUGUUGAGGCCUUCCACCGGACCUGGUCCAAGAUCCAGUCCACCAUCGAUGAGGUCCUCAGAGCCAUCAACCUCAAGCUGUUCGACCAGGUGCUGCAGUGGGCAAAGGAGUCCUUUGCCUCGGUCCGUGCCAUCACGAAACCGCACCAAACUGAAGUCCAGCAGCCAUACCCUCUCCUGACUGAUGUGAUCUGCAGAAGGAUCCCAACGGCAUUUGUCCUCACCAAGAAUGCAGAGUUUGUUGAUGAUAUCACAACGUUCCAUGAUCUCGCAGAGCAUAUGAAGUCCAAUGGAUGUCAUGUAGUCAAGCUGUCAGCAGCUGAAUUAUCAGCAAAACAUGGAGUUGGUGGUUGCUUUAGGAGCCUGUUGAGGCAGCUACUAUCCGAUGUUUCAGAUGUUGCUGAUGUAUCUGCGCUUGCAUCAUGGUAUUGUGAAGCUGAGAACUUUGAUCAGCCUAUCAUUGUCAUAAUUGAUGAUCUGGAGCAAUGUUCUGGUGAUGUGCUGGGAGAGCUUGUGAUGAUGCUGAGUGAAUGGGUGUUUAAAAUUCCAGUCUUCUUUGUAAUGGGGAUAGCAACUACCCUUGAUGCUCCAAAGAAGCUUCUCUCAUCAGAGGCCCUUCAACGAUUAGAGCCCUGCAAACUUACCUUGGGGUCUCCCUCAGAUAGAUUGAACGCACUUGUUGAGGCCAUCCUUGUUAAACCAUGCGCUGGAUUUUGCAUCAGUCAUGAAGUCGCACUGUUCCUCAAAAAUUACUUUUUUAGGCAUGAUGGGACAAUAACUUCUUUUAUUACUGCUCUCAGGCUUGCAUGCAGUAAGCACUUCUCCAUGGAACCUCUAAGCUUUUUGUGCAUAGGAAUGCUGGAGGAAGAUUCUGAGGAAUUUUGGCAUGAUAAGUUUGAAUCACUCCCUCAAGCAAUACGGAAAUAUGCUUUUGAUCUACCCUCGUCCAAAAAUGCAAAUAAUUCAAACAAUUCUUGCAACAUGUUAGAAGGAUUGUCUAGGCUGCUGAAAUUGCAAAAGGAUUGGAGUUCUGUUCUCUUGUGCCUGUAUGAAGCUGGAAUACAUGACAAAGUGCAACUUUUGGAUAUCUUCUGUGAGGCAGUCAACCCAGAUUUGCAAACUGAAAAUGCACCAGAUAGUUACCUAUUUGCCUCUAAAGUGACUUGUGAAAACUUAUUAGGGGUAAAGUCAGGGUCUGCUAAAGGAUUUAUAGCCCAAGUAAUGAAUACAAUAAGGUACUUGCCUAUGGAAGUUUUGUUACAUGUCCUUGAAGUUUGGAGCAUCCAUUUAAAAGGAAUGAGUGAGAUCAACGACAGAGUGAAGGAGCUUCAGUCAACCACAAUUGGUGCCGAUAGUGUUAGGGUCAAAAGGAGAUCAACCGCCAGUACUGGAAAUGGAACAGUUGUACUAAAUGAGAAAGUGGCUGUGCUAUUACAGGAUGUUAUUAGGAAAUAUUUGGUACCUGUUGAGUCCUUACCUUUUCAUGAAAUCAUCUGCUUCAAGAAUGUUGACAUUCUUCAAUCUGCGCUGAUUGGAAAUCCAAGAAGAAUGAUUCAACUUGAUCUUCUGAAGUCACAGAGCCAUCUGAAAUGCUCUUGUUGCAGGAGUGGUGCUGCUGUGUCAGGAUCGUUGCAUGACACAUCAAUCAUGUGCAACCUAGCCCAAGAAUAUGGUGAUGUGAUUAACCUUCAUGAUUGGUACACGGCCUUUGAAGGCAUUAUCAAGAGCUCAAAUUCAAAAGCCAAACGGAAAUCUUACAGUUCUCCCUCGAAGAAGAAAUCAAAAGCCACGCCUCCAGAGGGUGAAGGUAUGAUCCAAGCAAGGUUUUGCAGAGCUGUUACUGAGAUGCAAAUCACUGGCCUUGUUCGUAUGCCAAGCAAGAGAAGGCCUGAUCUUGUGCAGAGAAUCACGUUUGGUCCUUAA